UACCGUCUUCUAGAAACUUUCAUUUAUGUCUCCAUUGUUAAGUGCGAUAACUAGCGUGUGACAGGUUUUUUUUUUUUUAUGUUUUCUUUUUUGGAUGUAUCUAAUGGUAAUUAAGAAAGAAGUAAUAGAAGAGCUUGAGGCUUGGAAUUGUAACAGUGCGGUUGGGAAGCCUUAACAAAGCAAGACUGCUGUCUACAGUGUGAUAUUAGGAUUCCCUUAAUCCACACGUACUCGUACCCUGUGAGUCACAACUUCUGGACAUUGGGAAUCCAUCCCAGACACCCCACUUCCUGUGUGCAUUGAAUGUUACACAACGAAGACAGACACAUCGGUGAUAAAUACUGUGAAGAAAAUAAAAAUGUGCUGGCGGGCGUUUUUUAACAUUUUUCUGUUUUCCAGACCAAAGGGUUUAGAUUGUGACUAGAUAGGAAAGGAUACAAUGAGUUGUUAAAUGACGUUGAAACAGUUAUGAAGAAACGACGUGUUUAUGAUGGAGUAAUCCAUACUUUAAUAAAACAUCAAAUACCAACCGUCCUGGCCUGCCUAGUGACUAACUUCAAACUAUCAGAACUCUAAGUGGUCCUUAAAGGAUUUGUUUCAGGCGUUUUGUAUCACUUUAAUUUUGGCCUGUAUUCAGAAAGUUACUUCCUCACCGGAAAGUAACUAAAUUUCAGUGGCUUUAAUCGCUCCCCAAACUGACAAAACUGAAUUCUAUCAACCAUGGUUAAGAACCCCUGUGCAAGAAUAAUUAGGAUGCUACUUUGAAAGAGCUGGGGAUGAUGUUUUCUCUUGUGACACCUGAAGCCACAGACCUAAAAACCCAGGAAAAAUAGAAAUGAAGGUACAUAUACACACGAAAUUCUGCCUCAUUUGUUUGCUGACAUUUGUUUUCCAUCAUUGCAACCACUGCCAUGAAGACCAUGACCAUGGCCCUGAGGAGCUUCACAGACACCAUCGUGGGAUGACAGAGGCAGAGUCCAGCAGAUUUUCAGUUCAGGAUGCUGAAAAUGAAAAAAAGUAUUAUAUUGAAAAACUUUUUGACCGUUAUGGUGAAAAUGGAAGAUUAUCAUUUUUUGGUCUGGAGAAACUUUUAACAAACUUGGGCCUUGGAGAGAUCAAAGUCGUUGAGAUUAAUCAUGAGGACCUUGGCCAUGAUCAUGUUUCUCACUUAGACAUUCUGGCAGUUCAAGAAGGAAAGCAUUUUCAUUCCCACAACCACCAGCAUUUCCACAAUCAUUUAAAUUCUGAAAACCAUACCACGACCAGCAUACUAUCAAAAAGAAACCACAAAUGUGAUCCAGAGAAAGAGGCAGCUGAAGUACUCAUCAAAUCUGAUGAGAAACACCUGCAUGAUCACACUCACCGUUUACAUCAUCGCCAUCGUUCACAUCAUCACCUGGAUCAUAACACAACUCGGCGUGUUCACAAUGAUUCUGUCACUCACAGUGAACAUGGGGAGCCUGGUCACGGACCUUCAACAGAGACAAAUAAAACACAAGAACAGUCUGAAGUUAAGUCGCUGAAGGUCAGGAGGAAGGAAAAAGGGAAGAGAAAAAAAGAAAACUCUGAAGUUAACACACCAGGUUUCCUCCCCAGCCAUGAUCACAGUGAACAAUAUGAGCAUAAUCGGGUUCACAAACUUGACCGUGUACAUAGCCCAGGUCAUCCUCAUGUACAUCUUCCUGAGCGUGAUGGUCAUGAUCUUGGUCAUGGACACCAAGAUCUUGAUCCUAAUAAUGAAGGUGAACUUCGACAUACUAGAAAACGAGAAGCACCACAUGUUAAAAAAAGUGCAAUUUAUUCCACUCCUAGCCACAAAGACCAUAAUGAAGAAGACCGCCAACAUGAAUGUUUGAACGUCACCCAGUUGUUAAAACACUUUGGUCUCGGUGCCAAUUCUCCCAUCUCACCUGAUCUAUUUACGUACCUUUGCCCUGCAUUGCUGUAUCAGAUUGACAGCAGACUUUGUAUUGAGCAUUUUGACAAACUUUUAGUUGAAGAUUUAAAUAAGGAUAAAACUCUGGUUCCUGAAGAUAAAGCAAAUAUAGGGGCAUCAGCAUGGAUCUGUGGCAUCAUUUCUAUCACCGUCAUUAGCCUGCUUUCCUUGCUGGGCGUAAUUUUGGUUCCCAUCAUCAACCAAGGAUGCUUCAAAUUCCUUCUCACGUUCCUUGUUGCAUUAGCUGUAGGGACAAUGAGUGGAGAUGCCCUUCUUCAUCUACUGCCCCAUUCUCAGGGUGGACAUGACCACAGUCACCAGCAUGCACAUGGACAUGGUCAUUCUCAUGGACAUGAAUCUAAGAAGUUCUUGGAAGAAUAUGAUGCUGUGUUGAAAGGACUUGUUGCCCUAGGAGGCAUUUACUUACUGUUCAUCAUCGAGCACUGCAUCCGAAUGUUUAAGCACUACAAGCAACAAAGAGGAAAACAGAAAUGGUUUAUGAAACAGAGCACAGAAGAAUCAACUAUUGGAAGAAAACUUUCAGAUCAUAAGUUAAACAGCACACCGGAUGCCGACUGGCUCCAACUCAAGCCCCUUGCUGGAACUGAUGAUUCAGUUGUUUCUGAAGACCGACUCAACGAGACUGAACUGACGGAUUUAGAAGGCCAACAAGAAUCCCCUCCUAAAACUUACCUGAGUGUAGAGGAGGAGAAAAUCAUGGACCAUUCUCAGAGUGAUGGACUGCACACCAUUCAUGAGCAUGAGAUCCAUGCCCCUUCACAUAACCACCAUGACGAGGAAAAAGCUGUGCUGAGGAAGCAUAACCACCAGUGGCACCACAAACACUCGCAUCACUCGCAUGGCCCCUGCCACUCUGGCUCAGAUCUGAAAGAAACAGGAAUAGCCAAUAUAGCCUGGAUGGUGAUCAUGGGGGAUGGCAUCCACAACUUCAGUGACGGACUAGCCAUUGGGGCAGCUUUUAGUGCUGGGUUGACUGGAGGAAUCAGUACUUCGAUAGCCGUCUUCUGUCAUGAACUGCCACAUGAAUUAGGUGAUUUUGCAGUUCUUCUGAAAGCAGGCAUGACUGUAAAGCAAGCAAUUGUGUACAACCUGCUGUCUGCCAUGAUGGCUUACAUUGGAAUGCUCAUUGGCACAGCCGUUGGUCAGUAUGCCAACAACAUCACACUCUGGAUCUUCGCAAUCACGGCAGGCAUGUUCCUCUAUGUGGCCUUGGUGGACAUGCUCCCAGAGAUGCUGCAUGGAGACGGAGAUGAUGAAGAGCAUGGCUUUUGUCCAGUUGGGCAGUUCAUUCUUCAGAAUUUAGGACUGUUGUUCGGAUUUGCCAUCAUGCUGGUGAUCGCCCUCUAUGAAGACAAAAUUGUGUUUGACAUCCAGUUCUGACCAUUCCCAGUUUGACUGCGAGAAUGUUCGUGCAGCUUGCCUCUGUUCCUUGUCCUGUAUGCACAUUGCUCAGGGAAUUCAGUGGCCUGCACUACUACUCACAGGUUCCGUAGAGUUGAGCCUAACCACAAAAGACUGGUGCUCAGUGCUGUUUUCUCUGCAUGAAUGGGUCUUUUAACAACAAAGUUUGUGAUAAAGACAGGAGAAAAUGGGACUCCAUGAACCAAUGUUGAUAGACGUUUAAGACUUUUAAAAAAAGAGAGAAUCAUAUAAAACACUAGUCUUCUUAUUAGUAGAAACUUCUGUGGCUAUGCAGAAAUAGAAAUUAAACCAAAAAAAUCAUUUAAACUUUAAAACUAUUUUAAAUGGACUUUGAGCAGACAUUCUUGUGUGUAUGCUAAGAAUGAAUUUUAGUGCCCUUUAAUUCAGCUACAUAUAUACAUAUGAGAUUAGUAGGAAUCAACUUGACACAACUUUGAAACUGUAUAAAGUCGACUUUAGGAACUAGAGGGAAGCCCAGGCUGCAUUAGAUAUGGAUUUAGCAUUGGGAAAAGCCCUUAUUCUUGAAUCUAGAGUUACUAUUUUUGUAUAUAUUUGCAUAGUGUCCAAACUUGCAGCCUAAACUACUGAAAUUUGUGAUUGUAUGUUUGUGUGAACUUCAGUUUAAUGAAAGAUUCUUAAUGGUUCUUUGCAUUACUCUACUUGGUAUUGGGGUUAUUUUCUUUUUUAACUUUUUAUUUGUGGGGGUGAGUCAGAGCAUGUAGUCAGAUACCUUUUUCUUAAAAUUACCAUUCUAAAAACUAUCAAAGAUGUGGCAUUCCAUUUCCCUAGUACCAACUGGGUUAAUUGAAAAGUUUCAGUUCCGAGUGUUCACAUUACUUUCCCAGUUUGGCACCGGAACUCAGAGCACAUGCUGUGGCUGGCAGUAAAAGCCAAGAGUGCCAUGCCCAUUGUCUGUAUAUAGAAUGUCGGCUAAACAGUUACUGCACUGGAACCAUGGUUACUGUGGUACCAAGUACAUAACUAAGCCAAAUCAUUUAUCAUUUUGUGCCAAGAUACAAUGUUGGUGCCUGAUACAGAACAGUCUAUGUUUGGGUGCCUGCUCUUACACCACUGGUCAAGUGAUAUGUGAGAAGUGUAAGUCAUGUUUAGCCUGAAUUGUGACUCAGUAACUUUGUAGACUAGUCAUGUGCACAUAGCUCUGUUUAUACCUCAUGCCACUCGCUCUUCACUUAUGCAAGUAAACUGUGUGGACUGUGUGCAGCUAGCUUUAUUUUAACUGCUUGGCAGCCAGAAUAGCCCUUGGGAAAAAAAAUACUGUAAGAGCCAAACCCUGACCAUUCCAUUUUUAAUGUCUCCAUCUAGUCCUUUCCCUGGUUCUUUUCCUCUUACUCUGAAUUUUUUAAGACGAAACAAAAAUUUGAGAGCAGUACGUGCAUCUGGUGUGAGCAGAUAAUCGCCAGUAUUUCUUCGUUAUGUUUUAAGCAAGGAACUUUAGGUGUUAUUACUCCUAUCAUUUGUGCUUGAACCAGAACAGUUGUCUAGGCAGAGGCUUUCACCUCAUUGCUUGGCCCUUUGAGCAACCUUGCUGAAAGGUGCUUGCAUACUGAAUUCUCCCAAGUCCAAGUAACUUGGAUAUUUUGCUUUCAAAACCAAGAUGCUUUUAUAGUUCAUUUUUGAGUUUUACAGCCAAGAAGGAUUGUGCAUUCCAGAAUCAGAUCUGUUUUAUUUAAAACAUCAGCUGGAAUAUACUCCCAUUCUAGAAGGCCUCAUUUAAAGCUGAUCGGUUAUGCUUACAGUAUAUAAAGUUUGUCUUUAUUUGGUAGAUCUUCUUAACUGUUUAGUGAGCUUUAACAGUUGCUGCUAGUAUUUUGAUAGGGUUCCACCAGUAUUUAGUCUUUACACCAUUUUAAUGUAUAGUUUCAGGUCUCACUAGACAAUCCUAAUUCCACUACAUUUCUGUUUGGCUCCAACAUUCCACUUAGCUUGACCAGUCUAGUUUUAACAUAUGCUUGUUGGAGGUCACCAAUGUUACUGUACAAUGCUGUCACCAGGUGACAUCCAUGUGGACUUUGGUGUUGUAUCACAUUGCAUUCACCAAUCAGCUGUGAUGAUGCUUGGAAAUACUAUAGUAACUAGAUGCAGUGUGAACCUUUUUCAUUAACAGUGAGUCAGUGGCUUAAGUGUGAUUAUGCUCCUGCAAGGUGACACUUGCUAAAAUAUCUAAACAUUUUUUGUUGUUGUAACUGAAUCAUUUUUUUUUAAAUUUAUAAAGCUGGAAGUGAUCAAAUGCUGUUUUUUCAUUGUCAACAGUGGUGUGUCAUUUUAUAUAUAUGUUCCUAAUGCUUACGGAACUCUCCCAAAAUAAAGUUAUUCAGAAAGAGAAA